AUGGAGCUACGAGGGAUCCGCGGGCCAAUGAGUGGCCAGGACCUGAAGGGUCAGGGGUUAGGGUUCGGCAUCCAGGCUCCCGGGAUUCCAACCAGUUCCAUAAUAACGGCAGUGCAGCAGCAGGACUAUUCAGCCAGCGUCUGGCUUCGCAGGAGGGACAAACUGGAACACUCUCAGCAGAAGUGCAUUGUAAUCUUUGCCUUGGUGUGCUGCUUCGCCGUACUGGUGGCGUUGAUUUUCUCAGCCGUGGACGUCUGGGGAGAAGAUGAAGAUGGGAUCACAGAGGAGAACUGUAGCAAGAACUGCAGAGUGGUGCUUGUUGAGAACAUCCCAGAAGACAUCACCUUCUUAGACAAUGGCACAUCCCACAUCCCUCUCUCAGCAGGGCUGUACAACUUACUGGACCAAGCAAUCCGGGUCGUGGAGAUAGUUUCCCCUCUGUGGCUCCUCAACUCUUCCGAUUAUGAAUCCAGCUUCCAGCCCGCUGCUAGACAGGGCAGGGCUCUGCUGUCCAGGCUGCAGGGGCUCAAAGCCAGAGGAAUCCAGCUGAAGAUUUCCAGCGGCAUGAUCGACUCGACUGAGCUCAGGACUCUCGCCAGACACAAUGCUGAGGUCCACUAUGUGAACAUGACAGCACUGACCAAAGGCCACCUGCUCUCCUCCUUCUGGGUGGUCGACAGGAGACAUUUCUACAUCGGCAGCGCCAGCAUGGACUGGAGAUCCCUGGCCACAAGGAAGGAGCUGGGUGUGUUGGUGUACAACUGCAGCUGUCUGGCUCUGGACCUCCACAGAGUGUUCAGUCUCUACUGGGGGCUCCAAUAUAAAGACUUCAUCCCCUCCUUCUGGUCCAAACGCCUCUUUGCUCUCUUCAACAAGAACACACCUCUGGAGCUCACUCUCAACAGCACCCAGGCUCAGGCCUACGUCUCUAGCUCCCCAGAUGUUUUCAUCCCCAAAUAUCGUAGCAGUGAUCUGGAAGCCAUUUCCUGGGUCAUCCAAGAAGCCCGCCAUUUUAUAUAUAUCUCCAUCAUUGAUUACCUGCCCCUCCUCAACAGCAGUGCCCACAAGUACUGGUCUCAUAUCGACGGCCUUAUCCGGGAGGCUCUGAUCCUGAGGAAGGUGCGAGUCCGACUGCUGAUAAGUUGCUGGGAAAAGACUCAACCACUUACUUUCAACUUUAUCUGGUCCCUGAGGAGUCUGUGUAUGGAGCAGGCCAACUGCUCACUGGAAGCUAAGUUCUUCAACCCCAGAGUGCAGAGGGAUGGCAGUCUCCAAGGAAUAAACCACAACAGGUUUAUGGUGACAGACAGAGCCAUUUAUUUAGGUAACCUUGACUGGGUGGGGAAUGAGUUUACCUUUAAUGCAGGAGCAGGCCUGGUGAUCAGUCAGCCAGAGGGUGUCGAGGAGAGGAACUCCACAGUGGUGGAGCAGCUACGGGCCUCGUUUGACAGGGACUGGUUUUCCCGUUACACCCGCUCCCUGCAGGCCAAUAAGAUCCCUGUAUGCAACAAGCACCAGAUCAACAGGCUGGUGCCAGUAAAGGCCAGUCACUUAGACAAUGGAGCCGUUCCUAUCAGGACAAGCCCACAUGAUGACGGACCUGCACCAAUGAGAAACAGUCACAAAGGUGAAGGGCACACACCAGUCAGAACGAGGUACCAUGAUGACAGACCAAGCAAAAUUAGUCACCAGGACAUCACAAAUGGGCUGGUGCCAAUCAUGGACAGUUACCAAGAGAGGGGACAAGUCAAAGUAAGUCAUCUUGACAACAGACAGGUACAAAUCAAAGGUAAUUACCAUGACAAUCCAAUGGAUCCACCGAGUCAGUCAGCUGAGAGCAGCGGCAGCAGAGAGAUCGCCAAUGGAUCACUGUGA